UGGAGUUAAUGAUUGAGGAGCUGCUCCUAUAAAAGCAGAACACACACUCUGCUCCUGUCCACCUUCACUCCACUGCUACUGCCACUGCAAACAUGUCUUUCUCUGGAAAAUACCAACUUGAGUCUCAGGAGAACUUUGAGCCUUUCAUGAAGGCAAUUGGUCUCCCUGAUGAACUCAUCCAGAAAGGCAAAGACAUCAAAAGCGUUUCUGAAAUUGAGGAGAAUGGAGAUCACUUUAAAGUAACAGUCACUACGGGAAGCAAAGUCCUGGCCAAUUCAUUCACACUCGGUCAGGAGGCUGAGAUCGAAUCAAUCACCGGAGAAAAAGUCAAAGCAGUGGUGAAGCGUGAUGGCAACAAACUUAUUACAUCUUUGAAGGGAAUUGAAUCUGUCACAGAACUGGUGGACGCCAACACUAUUGUCAAUGUUCUGACAGUUGGUGGGAUCCAGUACAAGAGGAUAAGCAAACGUAUUUAAACACUUGAAAGCAUAAUAAAAAAAAAAAGUUUAAAAACUGGAA